GCUGGCUGCGGCCGCUGCGCCAGCGCCAGGCGGCCGCGCUGCGCGCCGAGCAGCGCCGCGGUGCGGCCGUCGCCAGCACUAUACCUGUAGCCUCAUCCGCCUACCUUCCUAGACUAUAAUAGGAUGGUGUGGGUAGCGAAAUGGGGCGGCGCUGGCGCGUGGUGCGGGGGGCGCGCGGGGGACAGAGUUGCCGCUUUACGAGGCACCCCGCCAAGGGACGCGCAACACGCGAGGACACUGUUAAAGAGGCUAGGACUAGAACGGUGGACAUACUGUUUCAUCGUGUCCCGCUUGGCAAGAUAUACGUAUUAAACAAACGGGACCACGAGAAAUUAGGUAUAAAGCUGGAUAGCGAGUGUAACAUCACCAGCGUCGAGCCCCACUCGCUGUGCGCGCGGGCCGGGCUGCCUCCGCCAGGCCGCUGGGCACUCACCGAGGUCAACAACCAGCCGCUCAGCCUGCUCAAGGGAUGCGAAGAGGAAAUGAACCGUAUAGCUGCCCACGGCACAGAAGUCUCAGUUCUCAUUCAACCAUCAGCUUUAGUGAAGAAAAUACGCGCGGCGCUCAAACCUAACAAGACUUUAUUAGGUCUUAGAUGAGGCUCAUAAUCGUAUGGAAGAUUUGUUUGUUUUUUCUUAGGCAGCACAGUGGGUUAUUUCAGCAAAGUGACUUUGACACUUGACAAUCGGGUACUUUCCUUCUUGCGUUAUCCCCGCAUUUGCCACGGCUCAUUGGAUCCUGGGGUCCGCUUUGACUAAUCCCAAGAUUUGGCGUAGGGCACUAGUUUUUACG